AUGGAGUCUCUAGUAGCUGCGCUCCCCGCGGGCGGCGCGGCGGCGGCGGCGGCGGCGGCGGCGGCGGCCGUCGGCGGGCUGGUGGCCGCUGCAGCGCUCGCCGGAAAGGCCGGCCUCGCCGGGCCCAAGAAACACCUCAACGCGCCCCCAGCUGUCCCUGGUUUACCAAUGAUUGGGAAUCUUCAUCAGUUGAAAGAGAAGAAACCCCACCAGACCUUUACAAAGUGGGCUGAAAUUUAUGGGCCAAUUUACACUAUAAGGACCGGUGCUUCUUCUGUAGUUGUGCUCAAUUCAGCUCAAGUAGCCAAGGAGGCAAUGAUUGCAAAAUUCUCAUCAAUAUCUACUCGAAAGCUAUCUAAGGCAUUGUCAGUGCUCACCCAUGACAAAACUAUGGUUGCUACAAGUGACUAUGGUGACUUCCACAAAAUGGUUAAGCGUUAUGUCAUGACAUCCAUGCUGGGUACUUCUGGCCAGAAACAAUUUAGGGACACAAGAAACAUGAUGGUUGACAACAUGUUGAACACUUUCCACACAUUGUUGACCGAUGAUCCAAAUUCUCCUCUGAACUUCCGUGAAGUCUUCAAGAAUGAAUUAUUUCGCUUAUCCCUGAUUCAAGCUUUAGGUGAGGAUGUGAGUUCAGUCUAUGUGGAAGAGUAUGGGAAGGUUAUAUCAAAGGAGGAAAUCUACCAGGCCACUGUGGCUGACAUGAUGAUGUGUGCAAUUGAGACUAGGAUAUCCUACCUGGACUUCCUGCUGGCAGAGAAUACACUGACUGAUGAACAGUUACUGAUGCUGGUGUGGGAGGCAGUCAUAGAAGCUGCUGAUACUACUUUGGUCACGACCGAGUGGGCCAUGUAUGAGAUUGCGAAGCACCCAGAGAAACAGGAAUACCUUUAUCAAGAAAUCCAAAAAGUGUGUGGCAAUAAGACAGUUACCGAGGAUCACCUGCCAGAGUUACCUUACUUGAACGCGGUGUUCCAUGAGACCCUGAGGCGGCAUUCUCCAGUUCCAUUAGUGCCUCCAAGAUUUGUCCAUGAGAAUACCAACUUGGCUGGCUAUGAGGUUCUAGCCGGCACAGAGAUGAUCAUCAAUCUGUACGGAUGCAACAUGAACAAAAGCGACUGGGCCGAUCCUGAGGAAUGGAAGCCAGAGAGGUUUCUGGACGGGAGGUUUGAGGCUGCAGAUCUGUACAAGACCAUGGCCUUUGGUGCAGGAAGGAGGGCCUGUGCUGGCAGUAUGCAGGCGGUGAACAUCUCGUGCACAGCCAUCGCUAGGUUUGUGCAAGAGUUUGCCUGGAGGCUCAAGGAAGGUGACGAGGACAAGGCUGACACCAUCCAGCUUACAACCAACAGGCUUUACCCAUUGCAUGUGUACCUCACGCCUAGAGGAAGGAAAUGA